CAAGUCUUUACUUACAGCAACCAUCUAUAACUCUGUGUAGCCAGAGCUCUCAUUACAGAACAGAACAGAAACAGAAACAGAAACAGAAACAGAAACAGAAACAGAAACAGAAACAGAAACAGAGCUUUCUACAGCAGAAAUAAAUUUUCUCAUUUACAGACUGUUUUACUUUCUUUCCUUUUUCAGCACAUCUUCUUUCUGUUUCUCCUUUCUUUCCAUUUUGAGGUUUUUUAAUCUCUUUAAGCCACAAGAAACGUUUCUCAAGUUUCCUGUGAACUCUUCUCUUUGUUCUCUUCUUCUGAUACCGGUUUCACUUUUUUUUUCAUGUGCUCUGCCGUUAUUACAACAAGGAUUGUGUUUGAUCUGAUGGAAGGAUUGGAAUCUGUUUACGCUCAAGCUAUGUAUGGAAUGACACGAGAUAGCAAAAUCAUGGAUCAUCAUCAUCAAGGAUCGGAUUUGAUUUGGGGAGGAAACGAGCUAAUGAUGGCUAGAGAACUCUGUUCCUCUUCUUCUUCUUUUCAUCAUCAUCACCAACUUAUUAAUCCGAAUCUUAGCAGCUGUUACAUGUCUGAUCUUGGAGUUAUUGGUGAGAUUCAACAGCAGCAGGAACAUGUUGGAAACAGAGCUAGCUCCAUAGAUCCAUCAUCGCUCGAUUGUUUGUUAUCAGCGACGUCGAACAGCAACAACACUUCAACGGAAGACGAUGAAGGGAUCUCAGUGCUUUUCUCAGAUUCUCAGACUCUUUGGAGCUUUGGUGGAGUCUCCUCUGCUGAGUCUGAGAACAGAGAGAUCACUCCCGAGACAACAACAACAACAACAAUGGUAAAGCCUAAGUCUUUGAAGAGAAACAGAGGAGGAGACGAGAAAGAAACUCACUUCCGUCUUGUUCGUCCUCAAGAUGAUUCGGAGAAGGGAGGUUUCAAGCUCAUCUACGACGAGGAUCAAUCGAAAUCGAAGAAACCAAGAACAGAGAAAGAACGAGGCGGUUCAUCAAACAUUAGUUUCCAACAUUCAACUUGUGUGUCUGAUAACACCGAGCCGGAUGCAGAGGCGAUCGCGCAGAUGAAGGAGAUGAUAUACAGAGCGGCUGCGUUUAGACCGGUGAAUUUUGGUUUGGAGGUUGUGGAAAAACCUAAGAGGAAGAACGUGAAGAUAUCUACGGAUCCUCAAACAGUUGCAGCGAGGCAGAGGAGGGAGAGGAUAAGUGAGAAGAUUAGGGUUUUACAAACAUUGGUUCCAGGUGGGACGAAGAUGGAUACUGCUUCAAUGCUUGAUGAAGCUGCUAAUUAUCUUAAGUUCCUUAGAGCGCAAGUAAAAGCUUUGGAAAACUUGAGACCCAAGCUUGACCCAACCAAUCUCUCCUUCUCAUCUGCUCCUUCUCCUUCGUUUCCUUUAUUCCACCCAUCUUUUCUUCCUUUACAAAACCCUAAUCAGAUCCAUCAUCAUCCAGAGUGUUGAACAAUUUACAAAGUCUCGGAUUUGAAUGAUUGGAAGAUUAUGAUACUUUUGAGUUCAUCAUCAUCAUCAUGCAAACAGAAUCAUGGCGUCUUGAUUGUUUUAGCAGUUCUCAAGAAAGGCACUUCUGUGAUGUCGGGAAGUGUUUGUUUACACUUUCCAGUCUUUGUUUUUCAAUUUCUUUUUAUAUAAAGUUUGUUUUUUUAUAGAAUCUGUGGAAUUCGAGGGUUUGAAAAUGUUGUGAAAAACAGAGCCGCAAGAAGUUAAUUACGGUCUCUGCAACAUUUUCACCCUUUUAUUACUUUAUUAUAGAAAAGAAAACGUAAGAUAAUUGCAAUUAUGAAGCGAUGAUUAUCAACAAAAGUGUU